AUGGAGAUAUCCUCCGGUAGUAGCACUAGUUGCUUUGAUUCCCCUCUAGAAUAUCUGGACUGGAUGCGAGAAACCCUCAUAGAUAAUGCCAAGAGUUCUAUUGGCUCUGGUUUGCAGAGCCAUAUCUUGAUUCGUUUGCAUAAAGAAUUCCGGGAUCUGGGGAUCGAGUUGAGACUAUUACAAAGCUUUGAUCUGUAUCUGACAAAGUGUAGGAGGAGGAAGAGGAACCAUGAAACCUGUUUGGAACAAGCUGAGGAGAAGGACGUUGCGUCUUUCAGAAUUCAAAAUUUGAUUAUCAGAAGAAUGCAAGAUCUUGAAUUUGCUUGCAGCGAACACUGGAUUCAUUCUCGUUCACUUCCUUGGACUCAUAUUAUAAGUGAGCUCUCCAGAUUCCGGGAAGCAAUCAAGUUGUUUUUUGAGACACAUAACGAGGAAUCGUGCAUCAACUUUCUGCUGGAGUAUUACUGGCUGAGAGAUCCAGAACUAGUUAUUGAUUUCAUUGAUUCAGUUUCAAAGACUCUGGCGGAAAUGAAGGGAUUCCAUUUAGGACGUCCUGGAAAGAAGCUAAUGUUGUUGAAGAGUUUCAUUCGCUUUGCCAUGCUUCGCGGUGUCAAGGGUCAGCAACUGCAAGAUCUGUUGAUUCACGCUGAAGUGAUAGCUGUCAAUGCAUUACACCUGGCUUCUACAUGGUGCUUUCACACACAUCAUGAAGUAUGGAAUGAAACAAAGCUUCAAAUGUCUCGACUAAUUCGUGAGAAGAUUAAUCCUGGUGAUCCCAAGGUCCGAGAAACUUACAUCCAUGUCUUGACUGCUGCAAAGUUGUCAAGAUCAUCAGACAUUUCAGCUCUGGAGAAGAAUAAGCAUCUAGUAGCUGACUUUAUGUAUUAUCUCGUUCCCAAUAUUAUUGAGCUGCUAGAAUCUUGCACCAGUACUAUGGCUCCGAUUAUGAAUCAAAUGCUAAAACUCCUUGAGGGGCUAAGAUUCCUGACAAUCCUCCUCAGGCAUCAGAAAAAGUUCAAAGAGCUACGCCAUGAAAUGAAGAAUCUUAUUGGAGUUGUGGUCUGUGAUGCAGCAAUCAUAAUUUUCUCCCUUUAUGUGAAUCAAAUCGAAGAAGACUUGGUCAAGGAAACCAAUGUUUCUCUUUUGCAUUUGCUCAAAGUGCUCAAGUUUAUUAGGGCAGAAGUAAUUGAUCCAGUAGCAUCAGUAUCAGGAUUUGGUUUUCCUAGGACCAAUGAGUUGGGCUCUAUUGAUUUUUUCCUAACAAAUCUAAAGGAAUUGGCAAGGUGUGAUGAGAUUAAUGGUUCAAUCGCUUUCCCAGUGGAUAAAAUCCAGACAAUCCAGAAAGAUUUUGAAUUUUUAAGAUCUUUCUUGGAGAAAAUCAGGGAGCAGUGCAAUCAGAACAAAAAACUUCAAGUUUUCUGGAGUCAUGUUAUGGAGAUUGCAUAUAAAGCAGAGUUCGUGAUUGACUCGACACUUGUUGGUGAUAGACGUGAAUAUUGUUUGGAUGAUGUUGCCAGAGACAUCAAUGUUCUGAAGAUUGAGGCUCAAGAGAUCUAUGAUAGCAUAAGCUAUGUUGGUGAAACCACCAAGGGAGUUACCAAGACUUUUACUCGCAUGCCAUCACAAGUUACUGUCGUCACGUGCAAUAAAGAUCUGUUGCCUCUCGACGACGAGGUGGAAAAUAUCACUAAAAGUCUUACAAGAGGAGGAUCAAGGCGGUUGGAUGUUGUUUGCAUCGUGGGUAUGCCUGGGCUUGGUAAGACCACAUUAGCCAAUAUAGUUUACAAUUCUCCAUCAGUAAUGCCGCAUUUCAAUAUUCGUGCUUGGUGCACUGUUUCUCAAGCAUAUAGCAUGCACAACAUGUUAGUUCAGAUAUUGGGUAGUAUUGAAUCUGGGAAACUUGAGCAAUAUCAAAAGAUGGAUGAACAUGAUUUGGCUAUAAAGCUAAAACAAGUUUUGUUGAGAAAUAAGUAUCUCCUGGUUUUGGAUGAUUUGUGGGACGCUAAGGCUUGGAAUUUGUUGGAGAGAUCAUUGCCCGAUGAUGCCAAUAGAAGCAGGAUUCUCAUCACGAGCAGAUUGCAGAAUUUGUCUCUGCAAUUCAAACCUGAUAGCAAGGUUCACCAUCUCCGCCGCCUAACCAAUGAAGAGAGUUGGAAUUUGCUGCAGAAAAAGCUAUUUGGCAAAGAAGGUUGUCCUCCAAGACUAAGUCAAGUUGCAUCUCAAAUAGCAAAAUCUUGUAGGGGCUUGCCUCUCACAGUUGUCCUUGUUGCUGGAAUUCUUGAUAACACUGCAGAAGAAUCCUGGGAAGAAGUUGCAAAGAGUCUACCUUCCAGUAUUGUCCUUGAUGAUGAAUAUUGCAUGAAAACACUUGAGUUGAGUUACAGUCAUUUGCCGGAUGAUUUGAAGCCCUGCCUUCUUUAUUUUGGUGCAUUUCACGAAGACAAAAAUGUUCCUAUCCGAAAGUUGUUAUGGCUUUGGAUCUCUGAAGGAUUUGUGUUAAAGACUGAAGGAAAGAGAUUAGAGAAUGCAGCAGAUGACUACUUGAAGGAUCUGGUUGAUAGAAGUUUAGUUAUGGUUUCCAAACAAAGAACUAUGGGUGGUGCCAAAGCUUGCCAACUUCAUGAUUUGGUACAUGAGUUUUGUGUGAAAAAAGCCAAAGAAGAAAACUUUCUACAUAUUUUGCAUAGUCAGAACGGUCCUUUUGUUCUUGCUGGCCCAAGCAACCCCCUUCGAGUUUGUGAUCGAAGUGCCAGGAAUUUGAUGAUUCGGGAGUCAGUGCUAGAAUUUCCCAAUGUACGCAGUUUGUUAUUGUUUGAAGAGGAUGAUUUGGGGUUUUGGUUACCUAAACUUCUUAGAGUGCUGGAUUUGGGGGAAUUGGUGUUUGAUGCAUAUUUUCCGGUGGAAGUACUUUUGCUUGCUCACUUGAGAUACUUGGCUCUUAGCACUAGAGAAGUAAAUUUCAUCCCAGCUGCAAUUGCUAACCUCUCAAGGUUACAAACUUUUCUGCUACGAGGAAACAUCUCUGAUUGUUUCUUACCCAAGACUAUCUGGAACAUUAAGACAUUGAGGCACCUAUGGAUUACAAAUUCCACUUCUGGAUUUAUUUUUCCUGUUGAAAAUCUUGAAGUAUCCCCAGAUUUAGAUCAAUUAGACACUUUAAGCCUUGCCAUCGAUCCCUCCUCUCAAAGCUUGCAAAAGAUAUUGACAAAGUUACCAGGCAUUCGCAGGCUAAGAUGUAUGACAACAUCAGCUACCAGAAUUGGCGAUGGGAUUCUUCCAUUUGACUGCUUUAGUCAACUAGAAUCACUUAGACUGCAUUUCUUUUUUCGAUAUGGAUUUAAAUUCCCAUUGAAUUUGAAGAAGUUGACUCUCUUAUACAAUAAGCAACCAUGGAGUGAAAUUUCAACAAUUGGAAAGUUGCCCAAUCUUGAAGUGCUUAAAUUACUCCAAGAAUCCGUUGCUGGGGAAGAAUGGGAAAUGAAAGAAGGGGAGUUCCCCAACCUCCGAGUCUUGAAAUUCAGAACCUUGUGGAAAUUUCGCAGCUGGACUGCAUCUUCUGAUAAUUUUCCCCGUCUUGAGAAAUUGGUUGUGCACAAUUGUCCGAUGUUGGAAGAGGUGCCUUCUUGUUUAGGGGAAUGUCAGGCUCUUGAAAUGAUUGAGGUGAGAGGGUGCCGCGAGUCUGUUGCAAGUUCAGUGCAGCAAAUUCAACAAGAACAGAGAGAGAUGGGAAAUGAAGUUCUAGAGAUCUUAAUUGAAAAGUGUGUUGAUACACGGAGUUCCAGCAAAGAAGAAGAAGAAGAGUCUAGUCCCUCAUAA